AUGGUGUUGCAGACUACUUAUCAAGACAAAGAUACUCAAACUGAGGACAAAAAUGAAGAUACAAUUGAAGAGCUAUUCAAAGGCAUUACUACACUUUGUACAAAAGUGGAAAGAAUGGACAAUGUGAUACAAAAGCUAAAGACUAAUGAAGAUACCCUGAAGUCUAAAGCUAAUAUAAGUCAGCAGCAUGACUAUAAAAAUGCGGAGCUACGUGGAUUGGAAGAUGAUAAAAUUCCAGAGAUAAAAGGAGACGAUGGGAAACCCGUUAAAACCCAUAACGUUUGUCUAAAUACAGCUGCAGGUACAAGCAGGAAAGUUAGUGAGAAAUCCUGA